UAUUCGUAAACAGCACCCCCGCCACAAGAAGACAGUGAGUAGGAAUUCCCUGGCAGAGGCUAUAUACGCUUUAUAUAAGCUUUAACCAAAUCUUGUUUCACUUAAAGUCACUUUGUUUGUAGUAAUUCUCCUUGAAACUAUACGCGUAAAUUAUUGUAAUGUCAUUUGUGAAAGAUAUUUUGAGUUACGUUGUAUUUUUUCGUGCAGUAAAUAACUCGCUUAUUUAUCUUAAAGUUAAAUGGCUUACUUUCAGAUUCCUAAUGACUUCACUAAAAUACAAUGAAAGGGAAUAUGAAGCUUGUGAUUGGUUUUUAAAUAUACAAACACAAAGAUCUGUCUCUGAACUUCAAUCAGAUCUGUUCGUCUCAAAUAGCGGAUUCUUGGUUGAUAACAGAACACAACGUUUUAUAGAGCGUUACUUCAAUGCAUUUUAUUUAGUUGAUGUUGGUGGGGAGUUUGAAAAUGAUAUUUGUAUAUUAAGGCAUAGCAAUACUUUGUGUGUUGUUGGUCUUGCUUGUGGGCACCAUAUUUUUAAAAGGUGUAGCAAGAAUUCCUCUAGUGACUGUUCUUCUUCCGUAACUCACGAAAUUUUAGGAUUAGAUUAUCAGGUUUCCAGUGGAUUAAAUCGUUCGAAAAAAAAUGUCAAAGGCCGUCGUAAACACGGAGGUCAUGUUUUGAAUAAAUCUACGGACAUAAUAGCUUAUGCUAUUUGUGAUCGUGAAAUAAAGCAUCCUGUAGUGUGUGGCAUUCCAGGCAAUCUUUUGGAAGUUAAUAAUUCUCUAGACAUUACAAAAACCGAGUUUCAUCCUCCUAUCUCAGAAGAUCUAGGCUAUUUAAAUUCAAAAGUGAAGUUAACUCCUUUGAUAGGAAGCGAUAGUACUAUUAAUGUUGGUACCUACUUAUCCAUUAUAUUGCCAAAACCAAGACCAAGGAAGGAUCAAAGUGGGUGUAUAAUUGAUAAGUCCAUUGAUGAGUCGAUUUUACUGAUUGAUUCUCCCACUCAAAACUGUACAGCAUUAGUUGGUGAUGUUUCAGAAAAGCUUGAUGAUUUAACCCAAUCAGACUAUGCAGCACAGAUUGCUGAUUUUAUUUCACAGACAUCUCUUCCUAAAGAACAAAAAGUACUUAACUGGAAUGAAUAUUCAGCCCUUCGACAUUGUACAUAGAUUAUUCUGUGAUAUUAUUUUUUAUACUAUAUUUUUACAUUUAAAUAUAUAAAUGCUUAUCUA